AGCAGACGGGAAUGGGAGAGAGGAGACCACAGCAGACGGGAAUGGGAGAGAGGAGCAGCGUCCCCUCCAGAAGUCCUUUGCCGCCUCUCUGUGUCGUGAGUCUCACUGGAAGUGCCUCCUCUUGACUCUUCUCAUGUACGGGUGUUUUGCCAUGCUGGGUUGGUGUGCAGUCUGCCGUGUGCCUGUCCUGGGCUCCGGGGAGCACGUGGUCGUCUCGGCUACGGCUGCCACUACCGCCGCCUCCUCCUCUGACUUGCCUCAACUACACCUUGACAGCCCAUGUUCCAGUGGUUAUGUGUAUAUUCCUCUAGCCUUCCUAGCCAUGCUGUAUGUGGUGUAUCUAGUGGAAUGCUGGCACUGUUACUCCAAGACCGCCAUUUUGGCUCACGCGGAGACGGCAGAGGUGUAUGAGCGUGUCACAAAGCUCCAGCAGGCCACUCCUUGUAUCUGGUGGAAGGCCAUCAGUUACCACUACGUCAGACGGACCAGACAGGUGACCAGGUAUCGCAACGGAGACGCUUAUACCACCACACAGGUGUACCAUGAGAGGGUUAACACCCACGCCUCCAGCUCUGAGUUUGAUUACGGUCGUCACCGGGUUAAAGACGUCUCCAAAGAGCUCCAGGGACUUCAGGAGCAUCCAGCUGUCAGGCUCCGCUUCACCAAGUGUUUCAGUUUCGCCAGUGCCCGUGCGGAGGCUGCAUACCUCACCCAGCGAGCACACUUCUUCGGAGACAACGAGGGUCUGGACGAUUACAUGGAAGCACGAGAGGGGAUGCAUCUAAAGAACGUGGAUUUCAAGGAGCAUAUCCUUGCGUUCCCAGACCCGACCCGGCAACCGUGGUAUUCCCGACACCGGGUCUUCUGGCUAGCCUCAGUGUUCCUCUUCUCCUGGCCGCUCCGGGUCGUGUCGGAGUAUCGCACGGCGUACGUACACUACCACGUGGAGAAACUGUUCGGAGAGGAGACGCUCCGUGAGGACGGAGGAGGCGACGGAGUGACGGAGAACGGAGGAACGACGGGAGGAGAGAGGAGCGUCAACGGAGGGUCGAGCUACAGAGCGAUAUCGCGGGUGAACACGGUGGACAUGACAGAGCUGGAGUGGCAUAUUCGCUGUAAUCAACAAAUGGUUCCUUCGUAUUCCGAAGCUCUUCUCAUGGACUUGGAGAGAGAGAGCAAUGGAGGAGUUAGUGGAACAGGAGAAACUAACACCACCACCUCCACACCUGGAGCUCCAGGCUCAGACCCCAUCCAGGGGGGCAUCCCAGCUGGUAUGGCCCACCCAGUGGCCUUCUCUUCGGCCUACCUCCUCCAGAGCUGCCCCCGGUGCCGGAGAACCACGUCCAGCUCCAGCCUACCGUCCAGGCUAAGGGCACCGACGGGGAAUCAAGCUCUGCUGAACGGCACCGUGGCUGAGAUGAGGGUGAACGGCGUAGGGGGUGGCGGGGGAGGGCAGGGGGGAGGAGGAGGAGGAGGAGGAGGGAGGUUAGUGGUAAACAAGAGGGCUGGUAAAUAUGUUUGCGGGGUACGGGAUGUCACCUUCAGCGACGGGACAUCGGACGCCACCAUUUAG